GUGUUAUUGUCGCCAAUAGACCUACCUCUGAUGCAUCAAAACAGCAUAACACACGAAGUUCUUAGAAAUAUUGUAUCACUGCGCCUGUGUUCCCUGCAUCCUCUGUGGACCUAGCAGAGAAGGCUGGCCCCGUGGACAUGGGAGAGAAGGGUCACCUAAGCCGGGUGCUGUUGGAAUGCAGUCUCAGUGACAAGCUGUGUGUUGUUCGAGACGGGCAGUAUGAAGUAAUCAUUGUUCCAGCUUUCCUGGUUGGUGGCUUCCUCAUCCUUCUUGCAAUCAUCCUGUGGCUUUUUAUCAGAGGACAAAGAUCCCAAAGGCAGCGCCCUGGACCCCGAGGCACUACUUCUGUACCUGAAUCUAGGAGCCAAAGCCAGGAGGCAGCAGGACAUGGAGAAAAAGUUCUCGUGCCUCUUAAGGAGACCUCAGUGGAGAGCUUUCUACGAGCAGUCACGCCUUCCCUGGCUAAGUUGCAGGUGCCCAGGGAACAACUCUUGGAAGUUCUGGAGCAGAUCCACAAUGGUAGUUGUGGGACCCUCUAUCAUGCAACAGUGACCACCAGGGAUCACCUUAAGCCAAAAAGUGUCGUCCUCAAGGCUUUAGAAGACCCAGUUGGACUCCAGGAGGUCCAGGAUUUUAUAGGGCGGAUCCAAUUCUAUCAGUACCUGGGGAAACAUAAGAACCUGGUACAGCUGGAAGGCUGCUGUACAGAAAGGCUGCCACUCUACAUGAUGCUGGAGAAUGUAGUCCCAGGGAACCUGCUCAGCUUUCUUUGGACCUGUCGCAGGGAUGUGAUGACCAUGGAUGGCCUGCUCUAUGAUCUCACAGAAAAACAAAUAUAUCACAUAGGAAAGCAGGUCCUUCUGGCCCUGGAAUUCCUGGAGGAGAAGCAUCUGUUUCAUGGGGAUGUGGCCGCCAGGAACAUCCUGAUCCAAAGUGACCUGACUCCCAAACUUUGUCACCUGGGCCUGGCUUAUGAAGUUCAUGCCCAUGGGGCCAUCUCCUCUGCUCGCUCCAGCAGCAUCCCUCUCAAGUGGCUCGCUCCAGAACGGCUUCUCCUGAGACCUGCAAACAUCAGAGGAGAUGUUUGGUCCUUUGGGAUCCUGCUUUAUGAGAUGGUCACUCUAGGGGCACCACCAUACCCUGAAGUUCCCCCCACCAGCAUCCUACAGUAUCUUCAGAGAAAGAAAAUCAUGACGAGACCCAGCAGCUGCACACAUGCCAUGUACAGCAUCAUGAAGUGCUGUUGGCGCUGGAGUGAGGACAGCCGUCCCUUACCUGGUGAGGUGCGCCUGCGCCUAGAAGCUGCCUCUAGAUCAGCCAAUGACAAGGCUGUGUUGCAAGUUCCAGAGUUAGUGGUGCCUGAAUUGUACGCAGAUGUGGCUGGCAUCAGUGCAGAGAGCCUUUCCUAUAGCUACAGUGUCCUUUGAAGAUGGUCCCAGACAAGUGACUAUAUGUGUAUGGAAUGAGUUCCUUCGAGAACAGAGAAAAGGAACUUUCUAGGGCCCACCAAAGGAGGAAAAAGGACAUGAAUCCUGCAUCUUUUCCUA